GAUAGAUUCAACUCAGUGCUGUAGCUGUAGGAUAUAGGUCAUUUGGGUCGAAGCAGACGAAGGGAAGGGAGAGUGAAGCUUUUAUACCAUCUCCGCUCGCCGCCGUCCGGCCCCGCUAAGCCCGCCAUUCACUUGCUGCCGAGACCGGUAAAGAGCCUUAGCUUGAGGGAAAUUGAUCCAACAAGCUGCUGGUUUGAAAGGCAAGGAUUUGUUAAAAAGGGAGAUAGGAACCGUCAAUUCUCGUAUGCUGACUGCUUGUUCGUCGAAGGCCGUAUCUCUGCUACGCCGUUCGGCUACUCAGAGUUUUGUAAAGUUUGUUACUAUGGCCGGUGGUAAAGGUGGCAGCUCUUCUGCUUCCAAGGGGAAGAAGAAAGAAGUGAAGAAAGAGACUGGUCUUGGUCUAUCUUAUAAGAAAGAUGACAACUUUGGAGAAUGGUACUCUGAGGUCGUCGUCAAUGGGGAAAUGAUCGAGUACUAUGACAUAUCUGGCUGUUACAUUCUACGCCCAUGGGCAAUGUCCAUUUGGGAUGUCAUGCAAGCCUUUUUUGAUGCUGAAAUCAAGAAAAUGAAAAUUAAGAACUGUUACUUCCCCUUAUUUGUAUCCUCCGGUGUUCUACAAAAGGAGAAGGACCAUAUAGAAGGUUUUGCUCCAGAGGUUGCUUGGGUUACAAAGUCGGGGGAAUCGGAAUUGGAAAUGCCCAUUGCAAUUCGUCCAACUAGCGAAACUGUCAUGUAUCCAUAUUUUUCCAAGUGGAUUCGGGGACAUCGUGAUUUGCCUCUAAGACUUAAUCAAUGGUGUAAUGUUGUUAGAUGGGAAUUCAGCAACCCUACUCCAUUCAUCAGGAGUAGAGAAUUUCUUUGGCAGGAAGGACAUACUGCUUUUGCAACUAAGGAGGAGGCAGAUACUGAGGUGCUUGAAAUCUUAGAGCUUUAUAGACGUAUAUAUGAAGAAUUCUUGGCUGUUCCUGUAAUUAAGGGUAAAAAGAGCGAGCAUGAAAAGUUUGCUGGUGGACUUUACACUACUACUGUGGAGGCUUUUGUCCCAAACACCGGCCGUGGUGUGCAAGGUGCCACUUCACAUUGUCUGGGUCAAAAUUUUGCUAAAAUGUUUGAGAUUAAUUUUGAGAAUGAGAAAGGAGAAAAGGCUAUGGUUUGGCAGAACUCCUGGGCUUAUACUACAAGAACGAUAGGAGUGAUGAUAAUGGUUCACGGAGAUGACAAAGGCUUGGUGUUACCUCCAAAAGUGGCAUCUGUACAAGUAAUUGUUAUCCCUGUCCCGUACAAAGAUGCAGACACUAAGGGUAUCUUUGAUGCAUGUGAGACAACCGUGAAAAACUUGAACGAAUCUGGUAUACGUGCUGAGGCUGAUUUUAGAGAUAAUUACUCACCAGGCUGGAAAUAUUCUCAUUGGGAAUUAAAAGGCGUUCCUCUCAGGAUUGAGAUAGGCCCUAAAGACUAUGCAAAUAAUCAGGUCCGUGCAGUCCGGCGUGACAACUCUACGAAGCAUGAUAUUCCCAUGGCCGAUUUAGUCGAACGAGUGAGAGAUACGCUUGGUCGCAUCCAAGAAAGUCUUUUUGAGGCUGCCAAGCAAAAACGGGAUUUGUGUAUUGAGGUCAUUCAUACUUGGGAAGAAUUUGUGGAGGCACUUGGCCAAAAGAAAAUGAUUCUGGCGCCAUGGUGUGAUGAAGAGGAAGUGGAGAAGGAUGUGAAGGCCCGAACAAAGGGGGACAUGGGUGCCGCCAAAUCACUUUGCACGAUUUGCUUCGCCUCAGGAAAGCCUGCCAAGAAGUGGACUUACUGGGGAAGGAGUUAUUGAUCACUUCUAAUUUCCUUGUGAGCACCACCCAUUAUUAAGCUAGCAGGGCUUAUUGAUAUUUAAAAAUUGAUUGGUCUAUCCAGAAAGUUACAUGUGGAAGGGUAUAUUUAAAAGUCGUUCCUUAAGAUUAAGUGUUUCAAUUUAUAAUAAUAUGGAACAUGUUAUCAUUUUUAUUUUACCAGUAUUUGAUAACGUUAAAAUAGUUUUAAGUCGGUCAAGUAUGUUGGACAUAGAAUAAUUACGCGGUGGAACAUAAUAAUAUUAAAUUAGGAUAAGUACGCAGUGGAACAUGUUAUCAUUUUUAUUUUACCAGUAUUUG